GUCAGCUUCCUGAUGAACGAGCAAGAACAUUGUGACAUUUUCUACACCGCUUCGUAUGAUUGUCAUGGAUAUCAAUCGUCGUUACACUAGAUUACCAGUACUGCAGCGUUGAAUGCACAGAAAUCGGUGUAGAGUGAGCGCUGGAUACGUUACUUGAUAGUCGGGGUGAUACAAGGGUGUCGAAAGAGGUAUAUAAGGAUGAGAAGACAGCGAGAGAAUCAUACAGUAGCCAUCACUGCUUUGUCCUUCAGAAACAUCCAGAUCAAUAUUCCAAACCCUACCCUAGGUACAAGACCAACGACACGCUCAAAGUAGUAAGAACCAACCGAAGUCAUGAGAUUCACCGCUAUCAUCGCAUCUCUUCUCGGUGCUGCCGUCACCAUCCAGGCUCUCGAGCAGCCCCAUCCUCUCGCAGAUGUCAGCGCGCAAGCCUGCGCUGUGCGCAACUACGGUUGCGAAAACGGCUAUUGCUGGAACGGGCAGUGUGGAAGCAAAGGAGAGUGGUGCUGGCUGGCCAAGAAUGGGGGUUCGGGUGGUUGGUUGACGUGUGGAAGCGAUGCGGCUUGUGCGCCGAAUGUUGCCGUGGAUGCUGGGUGUGCCGACUGUAACGUCUAUCCUGCGGGCACCUGCGGGUGUUCAUGCUGAGACUAGAAGAUUGCGCUAGGGUGGUAACAUAAAGCCAGCAUAUCAGCUCACCCCUCAUUUGAGCUCUUGUUCCGCAGGAAAAGUUUCCAGGUAGUGUUCGAGAACAUCAACAACCUCUGCUUUUGGAUCUUCGGCGCCACCUUUUCGUAUCUUUGAAGCGUUCUCUUGCUUCUUUCUCGCACCUACUGCUCGUCGAUGGGCGCGGCUUUGGCGGUGUAAAAUCCAGUCAUUCUCGGUAAUAGAUGUUGUACCGCAUGUUUCGCAGACCUUCUUUUGCCAGAGGUCUGGUCGCUGUCCCAAAUCGUACUCGCGUUUUGGCGUCAGCAUUUCAGCUGCAACUGGUGAUAGUGAUGAGGGU